AUGUUCUUUCACAACACACUUGCGAUCGCAGGUGCGAGCCUCGUCGCAUUUUCCGCAGCGCAAGGAACAUGGCCUACAAACAUUGUCGGAACAUGGUCAACAAAGUCGAAAUCGACAGUCACGGGACCGGGCUUCUAUGAUCCUCUAAACGACAAAAUGAUCGAACCAGCACACACGGGAAUCUCCUACUCCUUCACAGGCGACGGCCAUUACGAAACCGCAUACUACCGAGCGAUUGCGAAUCCUGUAAAUCCAGCUUGCCCAUCGGGAAUUAUGCAGUGGCAGCACGGAAGCUGGAUUCAAAACGCGAACGGCAGCCUCUCCCUUACGCCUAUUGCGGUGGAUGGACGACAACUCAUGAGUGAGCCCUGCAACGGCAAGACCGGAAUCUACACACGAUACAACCAGACUGAGCUGUUCAAGUGGUACGAAUACCUCAUCGAUCCUUACCACAAUAUACCACGUCUCAACCUCUACAAAUUCGACGGAAGCCCACUUCCUCCCAUGUACCUGAUCUACUCGCCGCCGCAGAUGCUACCCACGACAACUCUGCACCCCGCGUCCACAGCUUCGUCGACCGCCGCCGCAAAUGCCAAGCGUGGUCUUUCGCCCGAAGUCCCACCGAUCCUUUUGAGCUGGAGCUCUGACAGGCACGAUGAAGAUAUCGUGCACCGCAUCAACCCGGAGCGACUGUGGUGGGUCGGAUUGGCGUUCACUGGUGUUGGUGGACUGCUGUAUUUCGGACCGCGGAGAUUGGGCAUGACGCUCUGA